AUUAUCGUGCUGCUGCUAUCUUGGAGCUGCAGACUGAGAGGAAGAGGAAGAGAAGCUCCGACACAAACACAAGAUGAGGCUGCUGGUGGGGACGCUUGUCUUCGUGUCUCUGCUGUCCUCCGUGUCCUCCGAGUCCUCCGAGUCCUCCGAGUCCUCGUCCCCUCAUCCUCCUCCAGAGGACUGCUCCAGCAUGUCUGUCCGUCUUCGGGCGUUCCGGCUGAAGAUCAACUGUAGCUUCACGACUCUGAAGGAGAAGCAGCUGAAGGAGAUCCAGGACUCGACCAUGGUCCUGGUCCUGCCGGUCCUCUACCUGGUGGCGUUCUGCGUGGGCCUGCCGUCCAACCUGCUGGCGCUCUGGGUUCUGGUCUUCAGGACCAAGCGGCUCCCAUCCACCGUGCUGCUCAUCAACCUGACGGCGGCGGACUGCCUGCUGCUGGCGGCGCUCCCGUUUCGGAUCCAGUACCACUUCCGGGGGAACGACUGGCGCCUGGGCGAGGUGUCCUGCCGCGUGGUGAUGGCGCUGUUCUACGGGAACAUGUACGGUUCGGUUCUGAGCCUGGCCCUGGUGGCUUUAGACCGCUACGUGGCGCUGGUGCACCCGUUCGGCGCCCGGACUCUGCGCGGCCAGCGGACGUCCCUGUACAUGUCGGCGGCGGUGUGGGCGGCGGUGCUGGCCGCCAUGCUGCCGCUGCUGGUGUCGCAGCAGACGUACCGGCUGGACGCGCCGCGGAUCACCACGUGCCACGACGCGCUGCCGGAGGCGGAGCAACAGAACUUCUUCCUGCCGUACUUCGCCACGCUGUUCGCCGUCGGCUUCCUGCUGCCCUUCGCCGUCGUGUUGUUCUGUCACGGCGCCGUGCUGCGGACGCUGCUGGCCGGGGGCCGGCGAUACGGCCACGCCGCCCGCGUCACGGCGCUGGUGCUGGUGGUGUUCGUCGUAUGUCUGUUGCCUAGCAACGUCCUCCUGCUGAUGACCUACGGCUCGACGGACGGGGACGGCAUGGACGGCGAGGACAUGUACGUCCCCUACACGCUCAGCCUGGCGCUCAGCACCUUCAACAGCGUCCUGGACCCGUUCAUCUUCUACUUCGUGUCCGUGGAGUUCAGGGAGAAGACCCGCGGCGCCCUCUGCUGUCGCCCCGACAACCAGCGGCCGUCGCUAGGCAACGUGUCCUACUCCUCGUCCUCGGGACAGAGGUCAAAGGUCACCGUGCUGACCGCGUCCCGGCAGUCUGAGACGGCCUGAGGUCACAUGACGACCAGCUGAUCGACCAGCUGAUUGAUUCAACUUUAGUUUGUUUACAUUUAAU